AUGAACUUUGAUUUAUUGCGUAAUGCAUUAACCGUUUUUGGUGUUUUUUUACUAAUGGGAAUGAGCCAGAUAAAAGGCUGUUGGUGUAAUACGAUAACUGCCCCAUUGAACAGAGAUGUUGAUGCAAUCAAUGAGAGGAUCAUGGUCAAAUAUCCAGGAAAGCAGUGCACAUACUAUAGCUUUGACUCAGUGCCAGAUGAUGACCAGAACUUAUAUCCAAUUGAAUAUUUCAAUUCAAUAACACCUCAAGACAGACGUGUAUUCAUACCCAGGAUUCCCCUCAUGUCAACUGAAGAUGCUGGGUUGCCCUUUAUGCUGAAAAGAAAACAAUUUCCUGUACAACUAGCAUUUGCCCUGACCAUAAAUAAACCUCAAGGUCAAACACUGUCUCAUAUUGGUCUAUAUCUUCCACAACCUGUCUUCAUUCAUGAACAGUUGUACGUAGCCAUGUCAAGAGUACGUAAAGAAUGUAAUCUCAAGAUAUUUAUGAAAAAUGGGAUAGUACAAGGCAAAGAUGAGAUUUAUACACGGAACAUUGUAUACAAAGAAGCUUUAAUAUUAUAG